GUCUGGACAGGAGCCACAGCUGAAUGGCUGUUACUGGUUUAACAGUUGCGUGUUCACCGUCACAGAAGCUCCCCUGCUUCUGCCUUGUCCAGGCAUCAGGGCAUCAGGGGCCCAGGCACACGGCUACAGAGGUCUGCUUUCCCAGGCUUAGGCAGUGGCCCACUGCCUGCCCCUGCAGCAGAGGCAGGAAUCUCAGUGUCAGCCAGCAUCAGCCUGGCCUCAAUCCUCAUGUCCUCUCUCGGACCCUGGACGUCUCCUGUCACAUCUUCUAUGGCUCCAGUUGCCCUUCUUCUCCUCCAGACUGACGGAGACGGCCUAUCCUGAUUCUGAGGAGCUCCCAGCGCGGGGCACCUCACCAGGAACCCUCCAGGCAGCCGCUUGCCUUGGAAAAUGCUGGAGGCUGGGCGGGGGCCCAGGCCCGGGAACCUGUUCUUCCUGUUUCCUGCCUCGGUCCCAGUAGCUGGUCCAGGCCUGUGCAUAUAUGAGUGAAGAACUGGAGCAGGCGCUGAGCAUCCUCACCACACCGAGAGCAGGAGCUGACCAGGUCCAGGGCAAUGGCAGCAGACCUGGACCCCUGGAAUAGCACCAUCAACAGCACGUGGGAGGGGGACGAACUGGGCUACAAGUGUCGCUUCAAUGAGGACUUCAAGUAUGUGCUGCUGCCCGUGUCCUAUGGCGUGGUGUGCGUGCUCGGGUUGUGCCUAAAUGUCGUGGCUCUCUACAUUUUCCUGUGCCGUCUCAAGACUUGGAACGCCUCCACCACCUACAUGUUUCACCUGGCAGUGUCCGACUCUCUCUACGCAGCCUCCCUGCCGCUGCUGGUUUAUUACUAUGCCCAGGGUGACCACUGGCCGUUUAGCACAGUGCUCUGCAAGCUGGUGCGUUUCCUCUUCUACACCAACCUCUACUGCAGCAUCCUCUUCCUCACCUGCAUCAGUGUGCACCGGUGCCUGGGGGUCCUGCGCCCUCUGCAUUCCCUGCGCUGGGGCCGGGCCCGCUAUGCCCGCCGUGUGGCCGCAGUUGUGUGGGUGCUGGUGCUGGCCUGCCAGGCACCCGUGCUCUACUUCGUCACCACCAGCGUGCGGGGGACCCGAAUCACCUGCCACGACACCUCGGCCCGAGAGCUCUUUAGCCAUUUUGUGGCUUACAGCUCCGUCAUGCUGGGUCUGCUUUUCGCUGUGCCCUUUUCCAUCAUCCUGGUCUGUUACGUGCUCAUGGCCCGGCGGCUGCUCAAACCGGCUUAUGGAACCACGGGAGGUCUGCCUCGGGCCAAGCGCAAGUCCGUGCGCACCAUCGCCUUGGUGCUGGCCGUCUUCGCCCUCUGCUUCCUGCCUUUCCACGUCACCCGCACCCUCUACUACUCCUUCCGAUCACUUGACCUCAGCUGCCACACCCUCAACGCCAUCAACAUGGCGUAUAAGAUCACCCGGCCACUGGCCAGCGCCAACAGUUGCCUUGACCCAGUACUCUACUUCCUGGCAGGGCAGAGACUUGUCCGCUUUGCCCGAGAUGCUAAGCCCCCCACAGAGCCUACCCCCAGCCCACAGGCUCGUCGCAAGCUGGGCCUACACAGGCCCAACAGAACUGACACUGUGAGGAAAGAUUUGUCAAUCAGCAGUGAUGACUCAAGACGGACAGAGUCCACACCAGCUGGAAGUGAGACUAAGGACAUUCGUCUAUAGCACCUUAGUUAGGUGAUAGUUCAUGUAGGGGAGCUGUAGGGGACCAAGGCUUGUUAAAGGGGCUGAAAUCCUCUGAUGUGGGUCAUCAACAGUUGGCAGGGGCGCAGGAUACUCAUCUUGUGGUCCCAAGAGUAACGGGACCCCAAAAUGUCCCCAGUCAUUUGUGUGAGUGAGUUGGGAAAUCAUAUCUUAAGAAAGGCAAUGCCACCUGACUCCAGUGCAAACAGCUGCCAUUCAUGCCAAGGUACCGAGGCUGACGUUCAGCCUCCUAAAGCCAAGGGAGAAGCAGGCCCAGAGAGGACACAGCGGAGUCCAGGCCAGCUACCUGGAUUAGGAGUGGAAUCACAAGGUGACUAGAGGGCUCGCUGAGUUCCCAUGGUGUGGUAGGAUAAACCUGGGCACUAUGGUGGACUCGGCGCAGAGGAGAACCCUCUGGCCAACAGACAAACAUCGGAGAUCUAAUGUCAGAUCCAGCUGGAGACUCCCCCUGGGCUGUGCUACCCACUGGGCUGUGCUCUGGGGCUUGGCCUGGGAAGCUGUCCCCACCCACACAGAGGCCUGUUUUCUCUGCAACCUCCCUUCCUUCAGUAGUAGGAAGUCUUGAACAGGACACCCCCUCCUCAGUCCCCCAGGUCAACCCUGCUUUUAUGCCAUUUGUCUUCUGCAUUGUACUCUGCCAAGCAUGGAGAAGAGUAAAAUCGUGUUCUAGCUCUUGGGGUUCCCCAGUUCACAAAACCUCACCUGUGCUGGUAAAUGUGGAACUAUUUAACUGAACUGGGGUGGGGAGGGGCUUUUAUUUAUAACACUGCCAAUCCUUGUGGUGCAAGCAAUCCCACUGUGGCCAAUCCUGUUUCAAUUUCAAAUUACCAAAACAAUAGCAAACCCAUUGCAAAAUUCCUGAAAAAUCAACAACUUUUUUUUCUGGGCUUGUGGGGGAGGGGAGUGUUGCUGAUUAGGUGGGAUCUCGGGAACCAGAGGCGGCCUUCGAAUUUGCCAUGAGGCUGAAGCUGACUUUGAACUCCUUCCCCUCUCGCCUCCAAGACAAAGUGCUGGGAUUGCAGGCAGAUGCCACACCUAUCCUACAACUGGUUCUUAAAAGCAGACGCAGGCUAUUUCAGCACAAGCCAUGCUGGUUAGCUGUGUGAGCCCUGGUCAGGGAAGGAUCCCUGGAACACAUGAAAGUGGGCUGGGCCAGCUCUGGGCUUGAGAUAGGAAUAGGCAAAGGUGCCAGGCCUCACAACCUGUUCGAGGAGGUCUGUGUGAGAACCUUCUCCCCAUCCCACCCUGCCUACCUCCUCUAUCUCCCUUCUCUCUUCUCAGCCAUUAAAGCUGAGGUACCCCAGUUGCUCUGUGCAUUCUGUUGCUUUGAUUCGGAGUCUUGCAAUGUGGCUUGGAAUGACUUAGAAUCCCUGGGCUCAAAGGAUUCAUCACAGCUCCCCCAAUUUGCUGGUUUAUGAACACAGUCUUUUUAUACA